GCUGAUGAGCCCCUCCCCCCCACGCCUUCUAAUUAUUCUUUGACCGCAUGGCCUACUUUGAAGUGAAGCUCAAAGAACUUUUAUAGUUUAGAAGCUAUCUCUCUGUCUCUGGGUGUUGAAUGGAUGAGUGUGUGCUGCCAGGUGUGAGGGAGUCUGCUCAGUUCAUAGCCAGCACUGCCUCUCACGUGAUCAUUGAGGAGGAUGGUGUACACAGAGCAGCAGAGAUGCUCCUCCCCCACUUGUCGGCCCCCUCUGACCACACCCACUCUCCUGACCCCCUGGAGCCGACAGGUCUCACUGACAGUGAACUAUUAGAGUGGAUAUUCCUAUUGGACACGCUCAACUUCUGCUUCUGGUCUGACACCACCACCCUCUACACUGUUAAUUAUAGAGGUCGUAACUGGACUGGAUAUCGUUCUCUGUGUGCUGCGCUGUGUAGGGCAAAGGAAGACCUUCACCUGCCAGUACACAAGCCGUUAUUUUAUAGCUCUAUUACCAUGGACACAAUGAAGAAGAUAUUCCGUUCUGAUUCCAGUGAGGAGUUGCCGCUACUCGAGGAGAGGAGGACCAACCUCCACCAGGCAGCGAGCGUCUUGAACAAGCACUUCAGUGGCAGUGUGUGUGAGCUGGUCUCCAGUGCUGGGCACAGUGCUCAGAGGCUAAUGCAGCUGUUGGUGGAGCACUUCAACAGCUUCAGGGACAUCUCCACAUACAGGGGACGCUCAGUUUCUUUUCUAAAGAGAGCUCAGAUAUUUCCGGCUGAUGUGUGGGACCGAUUUGGUGGGCGUGGCUUUGGAGAGUUCAAUGAUAUUCACACUCUGACCAUGUUUGCCGACUACAGGGUCCCCCAGAGCCUCCUAUAUAUGGGCGUCCUGACCUACGACUCUGAGUUGCUGAGACGACUGAGGGCGGGGGAUCACCUGGCUGCAGGGGGAGAGAAGGAGGCAGAGAUCAGGGGGUGCUCCAUCUGGGCCAUCGAGCUGAUCAAGGAGCAGAUGAUCUCUCUAGCGAGGGAAGCGUCCCUCCAUUGUGAGCAGACUGACCUCUCCUCUGUCAAGAUCGACUACUAUCUCUGGAACUACGCUAAAACCCACGCCUCUGACAUGAACUCUCACCCCAUACACAGAACAAACACUAUCUUCUACUAGUUUACCAUGUUUGUGCAUGUACAUAAAAUUAAUACUUCCGAUAAUAAUUAUUGUUAUCAAAAUUUUUAAUUUC